UUUCUCCCUUCUUCUCUUCCAGGAAUCGGCUGGGCUGUGGUCCUCAUCGCCUUCUACACAGACUUCUUCUACAACGUCAUUAUCGCCUGGUCCCUACACUAUUUCUUCGCUUCGUUCACCAGUAACCUGCCCUGGAUCAGUUGUGAAAACUCCUGGAAUACCCACCGAUGUUACGACAUGUUCGCCCGUUUCAAGAACGGAUCACACCUUGUGAUGAACUUCACGGCUGAUAACUUCAGCAUCCCGGCUAACUUCACCGAGGCUCGCGACUAUGUCAAUAUGACUGUGAGCCUGACUCAGAACAUAACUAGUGAGAUACUUAAGUUACAUAUGAACACUAAUAAGUCAGUAUUUCCGGCACAAGAAUAUUUCGAACGGAAGAUGUUGGAACUUCACCAAGCUGAUGGUAUAUUUUCAGUCGGAAGGCUGAAAUGGGAGAUGGUUCUCUGCUUGGUGGGAGUUUAUGUUAUCUGUUACUUUAGUAUGUGGAAGGGCAUCUCAACCUCAGGCAAG